AUGGUAUUGACUCAAUCACAUAUAUUGAAUUAUAUGACAGAAAACGAAUAUAGGCUUAACAUAAAAGACAAUGUUUUACCUGAAAUUGGAACGGUGUUUUCAUAUGGAUAUGGUUUUCGUGUGAAUUGGGAUAUGCCAGAACGCAGUCGUCUUCCCUUGAUAACCAGGAGAGAUAUUCACAAUAGUGUUCAAGAAGCUAUAGAGAACCACGGUUACAAUGGAAAGUCCUGCAUACAAAAAUUCAUUUGCGAUGCAUCUCAUGAAAGUACAGCAGACAACAACGUUCUCUCAAAAACAUUCAAAUUAAUUUUCAAGUCAAGUUCCAGUAACACUAAAGAACUUUUAUCCUAUGAUGAAUGUAUGGAAAGUCACAAUCAAUGUCCUCUUGCAUUUAUGGAGCUGUCUCAUUACACAGAUAUUUAA